UCAGUGCCUACCUAAACGACAAAUACUUGCAACAAAUUUCCCCAUAUCAGUCUAGAAUUUCCAGAUCCAUCCAUCUGUUUUAAAAGGAACUGGUUUUGCUGCAAAAACCACACUAACCCAAACCAAAACUCAAUCAAUUUCUAUAGAUUCCCCUUGUCACCAUUGAUCUACUGCAAAAUUCUCUUCCCUCCCCCCCGCGGCGGCUAGGAGAUCCAACUGAUUCGGUGGGGAUUGAUCAUAUAUAGCACUCAUGUCUGCAAAUCGUAAAAGUGGUAGAGAUCAUACAGUUAUUGAUGUUAUCGAUGACCGCAAGAAAUGCAAGAAAUGCAUCUUCAGAGUUCCUAACGUGCUCCGGAGACAAAACCCAGAAGCAUAUACACCUGACGUUGUUUCUAUUGGACCCUUCCAUCAUUAUCGACAAAAGCGAGGAAACGAGGACGGUAAUGGAGGCAAAGAAGGAAAAUGUGAGGAAGAUUUCCAACUCAUGGAACGAGUGAAAAACAGCUAUUUGAAUGAAAUUCUCGCAGAUAUGAAGAAUAUUACUUUGGAAGAGUUCACUGCAAAAGUUAUUGAGCUCUCAGAUCAAAAGAAUGAAGGUGCCUUUGAGGAACAAGCCCGCAAUUUUUAUGCAGAACCACUUGAUCAUAUUUCUUCCAAAGACUUCAUUGAGAUGAUGAUAGUUGAUGGUUGCUUCCUAGUUCAACUGUUUCGGAAGUCUAACGAUCCGAAACUCAGGGCCUUUGAUGACCCGGUGUUCAAUAUGGACUGUAUGUUUCAUUUCCUAUGCCACGACAUUUUGCUCCUAGAGAAUCAACUACCUUGGUUUGUUAUCCACAUUUUGUAUGGCCAUAUUAUCCACAGUUCGCAUGGCCAUACCCUAGAUAUAAACCCUGGUGAAGCUUCCCUCUCUAUUCUCAUCCUGAAAGCGCUCAGCAUACUACCCUCACUGAAGCAUAGUUGCGCAACCUAUAAAACGCAUCUCAAGAAAAACAACUGUCAUUGUGAUGCUCAUGUUCUGCACAUACUUGAUCUGGUAAGAGCUUCCAUAGUUAUUCCAUUAACGACCAUAGAAGAGAGAGCGCAUAAAGCAACUGAUAAAGAAGGUACAUCCAGCCCUGAAGAACAUCAAGUGCACACUAGGAACAAAGACAAGAGAGGCAAUAAAGCUGUCCAUGAAGACCCAGAUCAACAUCAAAUUCGUACCGCAACCGCACUGUCAAAGGCAGACAUUAAAUUCGAAAAAGUCGAAAGGGAGAGCAUAAUGGACAUUCGAUUCAACAAGGGUGGGUGGUUCAGGAAUGGGAUUCUUGAGAUUCCACAGCUAAACGUUGGAAUGUCAUCGGAAACAUUAUUCAGGAACCUCAUUGCAAUUGAGCAAUGCUACCAUGGUUAUUCAAAUGAGAUAACGUCUUAUGCCAUCUUUAUGGAUAAUCUCAUCUCUUCAAAUGAGGAUAUGGAAUUACUUUGCAAGGAAAAAGUAAUUGGUAACUGGAUGAGUGAUGAAGAUGGUUGUAAGUUCUUCAGCAAUCUUUACAAGGACAUCCCGCACGAGAAGUUCUACUAUGUAGAGCUGUGCGAAAAAGUGAAUGAUUGUUACAGAUCGAAAUGGUUUACAUGGUUGGCUUUACUCAAGAGUGAAAAAUUUUCUAACCCUUGGAGAAUUUUGGCUUUCGGGAUAGGUAUUAUCGUUUUGACUCUCACCUCGUGGAACGCGGCAAACAACAUUCGGAUUCACUGGCAUAAGUGAAGUUUAGUAGCUAGCAAAUUAUUCACAAUUGCAUGUGUUUGUCACUUUCUUUGAGUGUGGCUGUCGUUGUUUUUGAGAUAUUUUAUUGUACCUCUUACAUAUUUCGAUGCAUAUGUCGUUGUACCUCUACUUGUUGGAUCUUAAUUAGAAUUAUAAUUUUCUCUUGUUUGAUUCUGAUAA